AUGGCGUCACUCGACUCCGACGUGAACAUGGUCCCCGCCGGCGAAGGAUCCUCCGGCGCAGGGCCCUCCAACGCCAAUCCGUCGUCCUCCUCCAAGAAAGCCAAGCGAUUCGAGAUCAAGAAGUGGAACGCCGUCGCUCUGUGGGCUUGGGACAUCGUGGUCGAUAACUGUGCUAUUUGCAGGAACCAUAUCAUGGAUCUGUGCAUUGAGUGUCAGGCUAAUCAAGCUAGUGCCACAAGUGAGGAAUGCACGGUUGCUUGGGGUGUCUGCAAUCACGCCUUCCAUUUCCACUGCAUCAGCAGAUGGCUCAAGACACGUCAAGUCUGUCCUCUCGAUAACAGUGAGUGGGAGUUCCAAAAGUACGGGCACUAG